AUGGACGAUAGUGCAUAUUCGGAAUUUCUGCCUGAAGAUGAGGAAAGUGACGCCAGAGAGUACGGUUAUCUAUCUGCUUCACGGGACGGUGUGAUUUUCCUCAUUGACUGCACUCCAACGAUGGUCUCCGCCACUCUUUCUCAGGAUGAUAGUGGUCUGGCUCCUGAUUCUCAGGAGCAAGUCGAUACGGGUGUCCGUCUGGGCCUUCUUUGUUGCCAAACCUUCAUGCAGAACAAGGCCAUUAGUAGCGCCAAUGACUUAAUUGGUCUUGUCUUCAUGCGCACGACGCUGGACCUACCGGACACUCAGCGAAUUCUUGCUAUAGAGAAGCUUCGCAGCCUAGCCGUGGAAAAGUUUUCAGAAGAGUAUGGCUGUAUGAAGGAAAUUGGAAAUGGAUUUCCCCUGCACGAAGCUUUGUGGGCAUGUCAGAACAUGUUCAGCAAAUCUCCGAAGGCCCUGGGUUACAAGCGUAUAUUUCUCAUUACGGACGAUCCUGACCCCACUGGAACUAAGGCCCAACUGAAAUUCCAAAAGCGGAUUCCUUCUAAAAUCUUCGUUUUCGUCAGUUAUCAUGCGAACUUUUGGCCACGCUCCUGCGAACUAAGUGCUGUCCAUGGUCUGGGAACCAGCGUGUAUGUUGCACGUGUAGGCGGGCUAUUUAACUUUUUCAGCCAUUUCGCCUGCUUACAUUUCGAUCGUCUUCAGUUUACUUCAGUUUUUUAG